GACUCAACCCUCAGCUGUGAGUGACUCUGUGUUCAGACUAACACACAUUAGCAUCCGAAAAAACAUUUUAACAGCUUAAAUAUGGCAAAACUUAAAGAAAAAGAACCAUUGGACAUAGUUCACCAGAAUGCUAUUCAUGUCGAGACAAUAAUGAAGGAGUUGAGACACCAGAAGCUUUACACGGAGUUUAACAUCAACCCCUUCAAGAAACUGCACGUUUUGACUGAUAAACCAAUGUCCAGUAACGCCCACAAAAAGGAGGAGGGGGAUCCUGCUUUCCUUCAGGCUGUCCAUAAUGCCCACCUGGAGCCAACAAAGAAGUACACUCACCCUCAGACUGAAUCACAGGAGAUAGGAUGGUUAUCUAGUCCUCUGCUCGUCACAGAUCGCAGUGACAGAAGAUUAAACUUUCCACGGCAGAACUCGGAAAUCACUAAAUACAUGGAUGCUGCCUGGCGGCUGAAGGAGCAGACACAAAAUAUGAGAUAACAAUUUGAGCUUUUUUUUCUUGAUGCCAUAUAACAAAAAUUUGGAUAAACAAGCCUUGACUGCAUAUGUGGGCAUUCUUUGUCAUCACCAAUAAAUACUAACUGCAUAAAUACAGCUGUGUUUUAG